GUCGUUGGUCAUUGUAUGUCAUCCUUUUACACCACGUGCGAGGAUGGUUUGCUUCGAUUCGCAGCUUACCGACGAUCUCAAUAAUUUACAAAACAUCGCUGAUCUGUGCGAUGAAUUUCUCAAGUAUGUAUGGAUGCGACGCCGUAUGUAUGAUUUACCAUCAAAAGAACGGAUGCGUUGCAUAAUACCGGAAAACCUCCCGCAGCAGGGUAACAACUUCGACUGCGGUCUUUUCAUCGUCGAAUUUGCGCGCAGAUUCCUUCUUGCGCCUCCGGUCAAUCUUCUCUGAUU